AUGAUGACUAUAAAUAACAAUAAGAACUUAAAUAAUAAUAAAUUCAAUACACAAAAUAUAAUGAUUGAAUCAAUUAAAUCAAAAGAAAAUCUUAGAAAAUAAUCAUCUUUAGAUUAAUAUUCAUCAAGUCUUCCAAAAAAGAUAUUAAUUCAUAAAUAGUAAUUUAAUGACCUUUAAGAAAGUCUAAAAAAUAGAAAAUCAAAAGAAACUCAUUAAACUCAAAAUCGUUUGCCUUCUCCAAUUAAUUUGAAAAUUCUAAUCCCUCCCAAAUCUAAAUCUAUAUAAGAGAAAAAAUAAGAUACAUAAAUUUAGAUUAAUCUUAAAGAUAUAAUUCCUGAAAAUUCAAACAGUUUUAUUGAUUGGAAAGGAAUAAUUUCAAAUUUAAAUAGUCCAAAUUACCCCUUGAAAAAAUGGGUUAGAAAUAUCAUCAUCAAAAAUAACAUUAUAUAAGAUUAUGACUUUGCUAUAUUAAUAAGAAUCCUGAUGCAAAUAUAUAAGUUUAAAUAACCAACUUUAGUUAACAUAUUUUCUGAGAUCAUUGAAGAAUUAGAGAAAUGA